GUAGUAGUAGAAUAAAGAAUGCAAAUACCAUCCCUCAACAAAACCAGUUCUCCUAAACGUACCACAAAAGCUGCGAAAGAUACAAGCAAUAACAGCAGCAGCAGCAGAAGCGAUGCAACAGCUUGCGCUGCAUGCAAAUACCAACGCCGGAGAUGCCGUCCCGAUUGCCCGUUAGCCCGACAUUUUCCGGCGGACGCCAAGAAGCCGUUUUCCAAUGUUCACCGAUUCUUUGGUCUGAAGAAGGUCUUGAAGGUGGUUAAGAAUAAUACGAAAACAAAUCGCGAAAGGGAAAACACGAUCAAAUGUAUGAUCAUCGAAGCAAAUAUACGAGCCAAUGACCCUGUUGGUGGCUGCCAUCGAAUCAUUGUUGGACUUGAAAAACAAAUUCAGCUUUGCAAGAUGGAAUUGGAUCACGUUAAUCAGUUGCUACAUUUUUCACAAGUUCAUAACUACAUGAAAAACGUCGUUGAUGUUUCAUCAACGUUGGAGGAAAAUGUUGUUGCGAAUAUGGUUGGAUAA